UAUUUGUAGGAAAACAAGCAAAAAGAAUAACAGAAUGUUGAGAAGUCUUCAACUAGACUCCAAUCACAGAAUCAUCUUAGCUCUGAGACUCUCUUCUCUGCUAUUCUUCUUCUCUUCAGUUUUGAGUGCUCAUGGCUACCCUACAAGAGCUAAUAUCUUCAUCUAUGCAGGCUGCUCUCAAGAAAAAUACCAACCUAACUCACCCUUUGAAGGCAACCUUAAUUCCUUUCUAACUUCAGUUGUAAGUUCAUCAUCUGAAGUUACUUACAAUAGCUUUGCUAUAGGAAAUGGAAGCUCAACACCACCAGAAGGAACCAUAUAUGGCUUAUACCAGUGCAGAGGUGAUUUGCAUCCAAUUGACUGCUCAAAGUGUGUUGCAAGAUCUGUUAGCCAAAUUGGCUUGGUUUGUCCCUAUGCCCUUGGGGCUUCUUUGCAACUUGAAGGAUGCUAUCUAAGAUAUGAACAUAGUGGUGAUUUCCUUGGUAAACUGGACACCAGCCUAAGGUACAGGAAAUGUAGUAAAGCUGUGACUAAUGAUGUUGAGUUCUUCAGGCGUAGAGAUGAUGUUCUUGCUGAUUUGCAAACAGCUAAUGGAUUUCGAGUCAGUAGUUCAGGCCUAGUUGAAGGGUUUGCACAGUGCUUGGGGGACUUAACUCUAUCAGAUUGCUCCUCUUGUUUAACAGAUGCUGUGGGAAAGCUGAAAAACCUAUGUGGAUCAGCUGCAGCAGCUGAUGUGUUCUUGGGACAAUGUUAUGCUCGGUACUGGGCAUCUGGCUACUAUGAUGAAUCAGAUUCCUCCAAUGAUGACCAAGUGGGUAAAUCAGUUGCCAUUAUUGUGGGAGUGUUUGGGGGUCUAGCCGUUUUAGUUGUACUUCUCUCAAUUUGCAAAAAAGUAGCGGGUUAAGAAGAUAGAGGUGCUAAAAGAAAGGGGUAAUCAUCAGGAAAGGUCCUCAAAUGUUUGUUUAAAUUUAUUGAAAGCCAUGCUUCACUUUUUGGUCAAUUUAAUAUAAUAUGUUUUUCCACAAUGGAGGGUGGAUGUUAUCUUCUGGUUUAUAAAGUUGAACUAUAAUAUCCAUCAACUUAGAAAGGG